AUUGGCAGAGAUGGUAGGCCUGUAGAGCAUGAGGAAAAUAAUGAUGAGGAUGCUGAUGAAAAUGAUAAUGAACGUAAUGGCGUUGCUCAAGCAGAAGAAGGAAGACAACAGAUUCCUCAAGGAAACCAGAUGGGGACAAACAACCAGCAGGCAAAUAAUGAUCAACAAAGAGAAGAGGAUAGUCGAGAUGAAGAGGAAGAAGAAGCAGAGUCUUGUAAAGAUAAGCAAGAGGAGGAGGAGGAGGAUGAAGAAGAAUUAGAAGACGAGUUAGGAGACGAUUACGGUGAACAUAGGGAAGAUGCAGAUGAAGAAUUGUGCUCUGAACCAUAUCAGCUCCCAGAUGAAGGGUUAUCAGACAAAUUAGUGUAUGCUUUUGGCCAGAAGACAAAAUUUCUACAUACACUAGUACUGUCAGGGUGUGCAAUAACAGAUUUUGGACUACAGGAAAUCAUUCGCCUGGUUCCCUCAUUGAAAGUGCUUGAUGUUACCAACACAAAAGUGACAAGUAGUGGAGUGCAAGAGGCAAGAGUUGCCAGGCCUGAUUGUAUGAUAUUAGGAGGGGGGACAAGAGUAGUGCGGCAGCAAAACAACAGAUGAUGCUGACUGUAGCAUAUUGGAGAUUUGUGUUGAUCAGGUAGAUUCUAGCUAUAUACAUAUAUUAUUUUGCCUUUUAAGUAAAGGAAAUAAUAUUCUGUGGCAUCACUGAAGAAGUGUUAGAGGCAAGAGGAGACAAAUGAUGCAGCAGGCAGUGGUUUAUGAGAUUUACGUGAGAAAUUAGACGAGGCUUUAAAAACCAAUUGUGAUUAUUUCUGUUCUAAGAUGUCAUUGAAAGCAUAGUGAGAGAAACACAGCUUUUCCAGGUGUGUUGGUAGAAUUCACGCACAGGAUCAUACAGUAUUUUAUAGAUUUAUAGAAUAGGUAUAUUUAUAAACUGUAUUAGAAUCUGCUAAUGCAUAAAAAUUAGCUCCAGUGACUCUGUGGAAAUCAAUUAUGAAUAAACUAUGUUGAAU